UGAAUAUGACUGUUUAAGCAUGCACCAUAAGAUAAAAGUUUACUUUACUUGCCCGUGUUCUGUUCUGUGAUAGAGCACUUUCACAUAAACGGAAGUCAUGCUACAUGAUUUUUCUGAUUUACACUUGAAGUUUGGGCUUUUAUGGAGGAGUGAAUAGGGAACAAUAAUUGAUUUUGCAUUUUCAUAAACGUUGGAAGCCAAAAUCAAAACUGCAUUUUGAUGAAUUGCAAAUCUCUAUCAGCUACAGUUUUUUUUUUUUUUUUUUACAUUGAUCUAAACAGAGAAAAUUUUCAUGCCAAACAUUUGUUAGUGUGAAUAGGCCUUCACUCUUGAAUCGUCACAUUUGUUUUUGGGGGCAGGGUCACAGCGAGGGCAGAUGUGAGAGAGAUGUAACAAAAGACUGAAUGCUGUGGCGUCAGCCUGAGCUUUUAGAGUGUGCUUGACUGUUGGGUAUCUCUCUCUAAAGCUGUAAUUACAGUCGAGACGUCCAGAUGAGCCGUCCGGCACAGUUGAGUGCACCUCGAGUGUCCUCUCUCUUCAGCGGCCAGCUGUACUGGCCGACAUCCUGUGUCCACUCUGCAUUUAAACCAGCGGUUAACCUGCUGGACGAUUCGAAGUCAGUGUUGCGCAGACAGUAGAGGGCAAAUGCAUAAAAAGACUUUAGUGGCAGAAACCUCACAUACUGAUUUCCCAGCACAGAAAGGACAAAUUCUAGAGCAAAUGAAGGGUUUUAUCAGGACGAACGUGAGAGGGAUGAAUGAAAUCCUGUGGGUCCGGAUAUGUAGUAAUUAGCGAAACCUUUCUCCUCUGAGUCCAGGCUCACAGACGCCCCUCUUCCUGUUUCUUCGCUAUUUAUACAUUCAUACACAUCUUUAAUCAUUUAUACUGCAGGGAGAGAAGGGAGUGGGUUAAUGAAACGGAUGUGGGCUCCUGGAAGGCUUGCUGGGUGCUAGUUUUGGAGGUUAAUCACAUUGUCAUCUUGACUCUGUCUCUACAUGGGAACCUCUGCUUGGCUGGUGUGAGUUGAUGAGCACAACAAUCAGCCUGAGGGGUCAGAGGUCACGAGCGAGUUUGAUUGGCCCAUCUCUUGAGCCGUGUCUGUCUGCGUCACAGUUGUGCUCUCUGUGCUGCGUCUGCAGAAAAUAAACUGGUUGUCUCUCAGAGCCACUCUGUGCGAAUGAACCAUUACCUCACAGGAACACUGUGCCCUUUCACAGAGCUGCAUUCUUACUCAACCUUGACUGAUAUCAACUCAACACAAUCUGUCCUUGGACAAAUGACAUUGUCUUUUGCAUUUGCUCAACUCAGACUGGUACGAUUUCGGAUUAAAUCAGACUCUUUCAUAACAUUAAAAAAAGUCCGUGAAGAUAAUCGAAGAUGUCGUCUAAGAUGCAAAGCUCUAAUAAUAUAGCCCAGGCCAGAAGGACUGUUCAACAGCUACGGAUAGAAGCUAACAUAGAGAGGAUAAAGGUAUCUAAAGCUUCUGCAGACCUCAUGAAUUACUGCAGUGAACAUGCAAAGUAUGAUCCUCUACUUAUGGGUAUCCCAGCUUCGGAAAACCCUUUUAAAGAUAAAAAGCCAUGCACUAUAUUGUAGUGGGAUGCUUGAACUCUUACUGUAUGUUUUGAUGUUUCCUUUUAUUGUUUUUUUUAUAGACAGAAUAUGAUCUUCAUACAUUCAUUCACUAUUCGCCUUAAAAUGAGCUAAACCCCAAGCUAUUAUUUGAUUGUAUCCACAUUAGAAAUUUUCCUGUUUUCUGUAAAAAGGAGAGUCAAAGCUCCUAGUAAACAAAUUAUUUGUGGUGCAAAGACAAAACCAACCCAUGAAUGAAUUUUUCACUUUAGGGCACAGCACAGAUGAAUUGUUUGCUUUGUGAUAGUGUCCACUGAUGUGGUUGUGUCUUCUGCAAAUAAAGGGUGAGGUCAG